GCGCACCCGCCCGCCGCCUGCCGCGCGCUCCAACUCCGGCUCCGUUCGCGGCUCGUCCGCGUUGCCGACUUCUCGCCGCCCGCCGGAUCCCUGCCGACCCUCCGUCAGCCUGAGGUCUCCUCCCGCCAUGGCCCGGGCCCGGGGGCCCGCUGCCCACCGCCCGCCUCCCCUGGCGCCUCAGGGGCUCAGCUGAUCCUGAAUUGGCUUGGGGGGCGACUGGCGGGGCCGGGGGGUCCCCCUGGAUUUCUGGCUUGGGGAGGACGCAUCACCAACGCGUCUCUAAUCUGGACGACCCCCAGCUGCCCAGCCAAAUCCAUGCCCAGGCUCCCUGCUCAGCGCUGACAUGGCUGAGAGCUCCUCGCCGCCCUCCCCCUCUGCUGUGGCCCUGGCCCCUGAGCCCGGAGUCACGGAGCAGCCGGCGCCCCGGAGCCCUCCGCCCUCUCCUCCAGGCCUGGAGGAGCCCCUGGAUGGAGUGGAUCCAGACAUCCCUCACCCGGACCUGGCGCCCGUUGCCUUCUUCUGUCUGCGACAGACUACCAGCCCCCGGAACUGGUGCAUCAAGAUGGUGUGUAACCCGUGGUUUGAAUGUGUCAGCAUGCUGGUGAUCCUGUUGAACUGCGUGACUCUUGGCAUGUACCAGCCGUGCGACGACAUGGACUGCCUGUCGGACCGCUGCAAGAUCCUGCAGGUCUUUGAUGACUUCAUCUUCAUCUUCUUUGCCAUGGAGAUGGUGCUCAAGAUGGUGGCCCUGGGCAUUUUUGGCAAGAAGUGCUACCUUGGGGACACGUGGAACAGACUGGAUUUCUUCAUUGUCAUGGCAGGGAUGGUCGAGUAUUCCCUGGACCUUCAAAACAUCAACCUGUCAGCCAUCCGCACCGUGCGAGUCCUGAGGCCCCUCAAAGCCAUCAACCGCGUGCCCAGUAUGCGGAUCCUGGUGAACCUGCUUCUGGACACGCUGCCCAUGCUGGGGAACGUCCUUCUGCUCUGCUUCUUUGUCUUCUUCAUCUUUGGCAUCAUUGGCGUGCAGCUCUGGGCAGGCCUGCUGCGCAACCGCUGCUUCCUGGAGGAGAACUUCACCAUACAAGGGGAUGUGGCCCUGCCCCCCUACUACCAGCCAGAGGAGGACGACGAGAUGCCCUUCAUCUGCUCCCUGUCAGGGGACAAUGGCAUCAUGGGCUGCCACGAGAUCCCUCCGCUCAAGGAGCAGGGCCGCGAGUGCUGCCUGUCCAAGGACGACGUUUAUGAUUUUGGGGCGGGGCGCCAGGACCUCAACGCCAGCGGGCUCUGUGUCAACUGGAACCGCUACUAUAAUGUGUGCCGGACGGGCAGUGCCAACCCCCACAAGGGCGCCAUCAACUUUGACAACAUUGGCUACGCCUGGAUUGUCAUCUUCCAGGUGAUCACUCUGGAAGGCUGGGUGGAAAUCAUGUACUAUGUGAUGGAUGCUCACUCGUUCUACAACUUCAUCUAUUUUAUCCUGCUUAUCAUAGUGGGCUCCUUCUUCAUGAUCAACCUGUGCCUCGUUGUCAUAGCGACCCAGUUCUCGGAGACCAAGCAGCGGGAGCACCGGCUGAUGCUGGAGCAGCGGCAACGCUACCUGUCCUCCAGCACGGUGGCCAGCUAUGCCGAGCCCGGCGACUGCUAUGAGGAGAUCUUCCAGUACGUCUGCCACGUCCUGCGCAAGGCCAAGCGCCGGACCCUGGGCCUCUACCAGGCCCUGCAGAGCCGGCGCCAGGGUCUGGGCCCGGGGGCCCCCACCUCUGCCAAGCCCGGGCCCCAAGCCAAGGAGCCCAGGCACUUCAAGCUGUGCCCGAGACACAGCCCCCUGGACCUGACGCCCCACACGCUGGUGCAGCCCAUCUCUGCCAUGCUGGCCUCCGACGCCGCCAGCUGCCCCCAUUGCCAGCGUGAGGUGGGCCGGCCACCCUUGGGCCUGGGCGGCACCGACACGGUCCAGGAGGGCUCCAGCUCUGGGGGCUCGGGCAGUGGCGAGGAUGAGGGCAACCGGGACGAGGCCCGGAGCAGUGAGGACGGGGCCUCCUCGGGGCUGGGGAAGGAGGACGAGGAGGAGCAAGCAGAUGGGGCCACCCGGCUGUGUGGGGACGUGUGGCGGGAGACUCGAGCCAAGCUCCGAGGCAUCGUGGACAGCAAGUACUUCAACCGGGGCAUCAUGAUGGCCAUCCUGGUCAACACCGUCAGCAUGGGCAUCGAGCACCACGAGCAGCCCGAGGAGCUGACCAACAUCCUGGAGAUCUGCAACGUGGUGUUCACCAGCAUGUUUGCCCUGGAGAUGCUGCUGAAGCUGGCCGCCUUCGGGCUGUUCGACUACCUGCGCAACCCCUACAACAUCUUUGACAGCAUCAUCGUCAUCAUCAGCAUCUGGGAGAUCGUGGGGCAGGCGGACGGUGGGCUGUCGGUGCUGCGGACCUUCCGGCUAUUGCGGGUGCUGAAGCUGGUGCGUUUCAUGCCUGCGCUGCGGCGCCAGCUCGUGGUGCUCAUGAAGACCAUGGACAACGUGGCCACCUUCUGCAUGCUGCUCAUGCUCUUCAUCUUCAUCUUCAGCAUUCUCGGGAUGCACAUCUUUGGCUGCAAAUUCAGCCUCCGUACGGACACGGGAGACACGGUCCCAGACAGGAAGAACUUCGACUCCCUGCUGUGGGCCAUUGUCACGGUGUUCCAGAUCCUCACCCAGGAGGACUGGAAUGUCGUCCUCUACAAUGGCAUGGCCUCCACCUCCCCCUGGGCCUCGCUCUACUUUGUCGCCCUCAUGACCUUUGGCAACUACGUGCUCUUCAACCUGCUGGUGGCCAUCCUGGUGGAGGGCUUCCAGGCAGAGGGCGACGCCAAUCGCUCCUAUUCAGACGAGGAUCAGAGCUUAUCCAACAUGGAGGAGUUUGACAAGCUCCAGGACGGCCUGGACAGCGGUGGAGAUCCUAAGCUCUGCCCGGUUCCCCCAAUGGGCACCUGGACCCCCAAUGGGCACCUGGACCCCAAUCUCCCGCUGGGUGGACAUCUGGGCCCUGCCGGGGCUGCAGUACCUGCCUCCCGCCUCUUGCUGCAGCCCGACCCCGUUCUGGUGGCCCUGGGCUCCCGCAAAAGCAGUGUCAUGUCACUGGGGAGAGUGAGCUAUGACCAGCGCUCCCUGUCCAGCUCCCGGAGCUCCUACUAUGGGCCCUGGGGCCGCAGCGGGGCCUGGACCAGCCGCCGCUCCAGCUGGAACAGCCUCAAGCACAAGACGCCUUCGGCUGAGCAUGAAUCCCUGCUCUCAGCAGAGCUCGGCGGCAGGACCCGGGCCUGCGAGGGUGUCCGGGACGAGGGUCCGCCACAGGCCGUGCCCUUGCACACCCCGCACGCCCACCAUGCACAGCAUGGUCCCCACCUGGCACACCACCACCGCCACCACCGUCGGACACUGUCCCUGGACACCAGAGACUCGGUGGACCUGGCCGAGCUGGGGCCCGCCGUGGGCAUCCACCCCCGGGCCGCCUGGAGGGUGGCAGGCCUGGCUCCCGGGCACGAGGACUGUAAUGGCAGGAUGCCCAGCUUCGCCAAGGACAUGUUCACCAAGAUGGAUGACCGCAGGGACCACGGGGAGGACGAGGAGGAGGUCGACUACACUCUGUGCUUCCGCGUGCGCAAGAUGAUUGACGUCUACAAGCCUGACUGGUGCGAGGUCCGCGAGAACUGGUCUGUCUACCUCUUCUCCCCUGAGAACAGGUUCCGGGUCCUGUGUCAGACCAUCAUCGCCCACAAGCUCUUUGACUAUGUUGUCCUGGCAUUCAUUUUUCUCAACUGCAUCACCAUCGCACUGGAGCGGCCCCAGAUCGAGGCUGGCAGCACUGAACGCAUCUUCCUCACUGUAUCCAACUACAUCUUCACAGCCAUCUUCGUGGGCGAGAUGACACUGAAGGUGGUCUCGCUGGGCCUGUACUUCGGGGAGCAAGCGUACCUGCGAAGCAGCUGGAACGUGCUGGACGGCUUCCUAGUCUUCGUGUCAAUCAUUGACAUUGUGGUGUCUGUGGCCUCAGCCGGGGGAGCCAAGAUCCUGGGGGUCCUCCGGGUUCUGCGGCUCUUGCGCACCCUCCGACCCCUGCGCGUCAUCAGCCGGGCACCUGGCCUGAAGCUGGUGGUGGAGACACUCAUCUCCUCUCUCAAGCCCAUCGGCAACAUUGUCCUCAUCUGCUGUGCCUUCUUCAUCAUCUUUGGCAUCCUGGGGGUGCAGCUCUUCAAGGGCAAGUUCUACCACUGUCUGGGCAUGGAUACCCGAAAUAUCACCAACCGCUCCGACUGCGUGGCUGCCAAUUACCGCUGGGUCCAUCACAAGUACAAUUUUGACAACCUGGGCCAGGCUCUGAUGUCCCUCUUUGUCCUGGCCUCCAAGGAUGGCUGGGUGAACAUCAUGUACAAUGGACUGGAUGCCGUUGCUGUGGACCAGCAGCCCGUGCCCAACCACAACCCCUGGAUGCUGCUCUACUUCAUCUCCUUCCUGCUCAUCGUCAGCUUCUUCGUGCUCAACAUGUUUGUGGGCGUCGUGGUAGAGAAUUUCCAUAAGUGCCGGCAGCACCAGGAGGCCGAGGAGGCUCGGAGACGUGAGGAGAAGCGGCUGCGGCGCCUGGAAAAGAAGCGCCGGAAGGCCCAGCGCCUACCCUACUACGCCACCUACUGCCCCACCCGGCUGCUCAUCCACUCCAUGUGCACCAGCCACUACCUGGACAUCUUCAUCACCUUCAUCAUCUGCCUCAAUGUGGUCACCAUGUCCCUGGAGCACUACAACCAGCCCACGUCCCUGGAGACAGCCCUCAAGUACUGCAACUACAUGUUCACCACUGUUUUUGUGCUGGAGGCUGUGCUGAAGUUGGUGGCAUUUGGUCUUAGGCGCUUCUUCAAGGACCGGUGGAACCAGCUAGACCUGGCCAUUGUGCUGCUGUCCGUCAUGGGCAUCACGCUGGAGGAGAUCGAGAUUAACGCGGCCUUACCCAUCAACCCCACCAUCAUCCGCAUCAUGCGAGUCCUGCGAAUCGCCCGGGUGCUGAAGCUGUUGAAAAUGGCGACGGGCAUGCGAGCCCUGCUGGACACGGUGGUGCAAGCUCUGCCCCAGGUGGGCAACCUGGGCCUCCUCUUUAUGCUGCUCUUCUUCAUCUACGCCGCCCUGGGAGUGGAGCUCUUCGGGAAACUGGUCUGCAAUGACGAGAACCCGUGCGAGGGCAUGAGCCGGCAUGCCACCUUCGAGAACUUUGGCAUGGCCUUCCUCACGCUCUUCCAGGUCUCCACUGGCGACAACUGGAACGGGAUCAUGAAGGACACGCUGCGGGACUGCACCCACGAUGAGCGCAGCUGCCUGAGCAGCCUGCAGUUCGUGUCGCCGCUGUACUUCGUCAGCUUCGUGCUCACGGCCCAGUUUGUGCUCAUCAAUGUGGUGGUGGCCGUGCUCAUGAAGCACCUGGACGACAGCAACAAGGAGGCCCAGGAGGAUGCCGAGAUGGACGCCGAACUCGAGCUGGAGAUGGCCCAGGGCCUGGGGCCCAGCCCACGGCCUCCCACUGGCUCCUCGGGGGCACCUGGCCGAGGGCCAGGAGGGCCCGGCGGAGGCGGGGGCGACAUGGAAGGCCGCCUGUGCCCACGCUGCUACUCUCCAGCCCAGGAGAACCUGUGGCUGGACAGCGUCUCUUUAAUCAUCAAGGACUCCUUGGAGGGGGAGCUGACCAUCAUUGACAACCUGUCUGGUUCCAUCUUUCACCACUACUCCUCGCCGGCUGGCUGUGGGAAGUGUCACCAUGACAAGCAAGAGGUGCAGCUGGCUGAGACAGAGGCCUUCUCCUUGAACUCAGACAGGUCCUCGUCCAUCUUACUGGGUGAUGACCUGAGUCUUGAGGACCCUACAGCCUGCCCGCUCGGGCCCAAAGACAGCAAGGGUGAGCCAGACCCACCUGAGCCCGUGCGUCUGGGGGACAUGGGUGAAUGCUUCUUCCCCUUGUCAAACACGGCCGUAUCCUCGGGUCCAGAGAACUUCCUGUGUGAAAUGGAAGCAAUAUCAUUUAACCCUGUCCGGUCCUGGCUGAAACAUGAGAGCAGUCAAGCACCCCCAAAUCCCUUCUCCCCGGAGGCCUCCAGCCCACUCCUGCCCAUGCCGACAGAGUUCUUCCACCCCGCUGUGUCUGCCAGCCAGAAAGGGCAGGGGAAGGGUGCUGGUACUGGGACCCUCCCCAAGAUCGCCCUGCAGGGCUCCUGGGCAUCUCUGCGGUCCCCGAGUGUCAACUGCACCCUCCUCCGGCAGGCCACUGGGAGUGACACCUCGUUGGAGGCCAGCCGCAGCAGCUCGGCAGGCAGCCUGCAGACCACGCUGGAGGACAGCCUGACCCUGAGCGACAGUCCCCGGCGUGCCCUGGGGCCGCCUGCUCCCGCCCCCAGCCCCCGGUCCAACUUGUCUCCCUCCGCCCGCCGCCGCCUCAGCCUGCGAGGCCGGGGCCUGUUCAGCCGGCGGGGGCUGCGGGUGCACCAGCGCAGCCACAGCAGUGGGGGCUCCACCAGCCCGGGCUGCACCCACCACGACUCCAUGGACCCCUCGGAUGAGGAGGGCGUGGGCCGGGGUGGCGCGGGCGGCGGCGGCGGGGGCAGCGAGCACUCGGAGACCCUCAGCAGCCUCUCGCUCACCUCCCUCUUCUGCCCGCCGCCCGCGCCGCCUGGGCUCCCGCCCGCCCGGAGAUUCAGCAGCACCAGCAGCCUGGCCACCGGCCCUGGCCGCCCCCGCCCCGCUGCCCGGCCCCAUGGCCUGGCCCGAAGCCCCUCCUGGGCCGCGGACCGCAGCAAGGACCCGACGGGCCCCUCCGAGGCCCCGGGGGAGCUGCAGCCCGGAGACGCUGCGAGCAAGAGGAAGAGAUGAGGGCCGCAGGGGCCCAGCGCCGCCGCCCGCCCCGUCUCACCUUCUUUACCUCAGGAGCCAGGGGCAGACAGCAAUACUUGGUCCACAACCUGGGCACCGCGCGGGGCCAGCCAGCGCCAGGCCGCCGGGAGUGCGGGUGGCGUCGGAUCUGGGGCGGCUGAGAGCAGGCCGAGGCCCAGAUGUGGCCCCGCCGUGGUUCUCCCCAUGCAGAUAAACAAGUGUGUAUAUAUAUACAUAUAUAUAUAUAUGCAUAUAUAUAGAGAGAGACAGACAUAUAUAUAUAUAUAUUUAUUUUUUUUACUGAGAGCUUAUGGCUUCCAGAAAGUGCUGAAGGUGGGGAGUGCCGGCCCUGGGCCCAGACAGGGCUUUUGCCUGAUGCUUAGGACCCAGGCCAGACCCACCCUGGGGGCAGAUGGUCCUGCUGGGGCAUUGGCACCUGUGCUUUUCGGUACCUUCCCUGGGUUGGGAGUAGCUUGGAGAGGGCUUUCAGACCUCUGAGGGUCCUGUGGCCAGGAAGACAGGCCCAGAAAAAGAGGUGUAAUUCAGGGUGCAUUUUUUUUUCCUUUAAAGAAAUGCUGCUAAGAUCCCACCCCGUCUCCCCCCAUGUAUUGGGGUGUCUGUCUUGUUGUUCCUGACUGUCUAGUUCUGUGAACAGUCUUUUGUAGACGCCCAAAGUCCACAAACUUUUAGUCAACCAGUUAGAUGUAUUUCUUUAGAAAAAUCAGGGUGAUAGUUGUAUUUUCUUAGGGUGCGGACUGGGGUGGAGGUCAGCUCCCAGGCUGGCCAGGGGGCUCUGCCCCAGGCGAGACCCCUGCCCCACUAGGCACUUCCUGGGGUGGGGUCUUCUGUGGCCUUGUCCACAGGAAGCUGAGGGCAGGAAUGGAGGCAGCAGAAGAGAGAACAAAGUGAAGGGGGUUGAGCAGGUCCUGAGAUGCUUGCAAGGUCAAGGGUACCGGCCUGGUCAGUGCUGGCCGUGGCCUUGUACCCUGUAGGCCAUUCGGGGAGGUUGUGCUCCCCUCCACCCCCUGAGCACCUCUGGUCCCCUGAGAUGGAGUUCAGGGUAAAGCAGAUCCAACAGGAUUCUGAGCAAGGGUGGGGCACCUGCCUGGGCCCUGGGACCAGCCCCCACCCCCCAGCUCCUUCACACCCAUCACCUGGGGACCCACAUCCUCCCACAUUCCCCCCAGCUGCCUGUCUCAUUCCCCCACCUCAUUCCCAAAGCUGCAGAUCAGGUAGCAGUCACUGUAGCAUUGCUUCCCAAAUGGGCUUACAGACGGGUAUUUUGUAUUUGAAUAGUUAUAUAUUUAUUUCAGUAUUUAUUAGGGAAAAAAAAACAGUACACUGAACUCAUGAUUUCACAGACAUAUUGCUUAGAUCAAGGCUAAGGUUUUGAACGCGUGUGGCUAAGUCAGUUUAAAGAAGAUGAGGACCGUGGUGGCAGAGUCAUGGGGUGGGAAAUGCUGCAAGUUUGGAACACACUGCACUUCAGCAAUAACCAGGCCCUUUGCCUUUGAGAUCUCAAAUGGUUCGGCUGGGCCCCGCUGAGGCGGCCUUGUCCUUGUUCCCAAACCCUGACCUUGAAGAACUUGGCUUCAAACCAGGAUGUCAAAUGGUAUGUGGGGUGGGGGUGGGGCUGCUUGGACAGGCUCUGGGUCUCUCCCAGGCUAUCACAGGGACCCUUGGGGCCUGGGUACUGUAGCAAAAGAAGGAGGUAAUGAGUGACAUAAGCUUAGUGGCCGGCAAAGCCUUUCCUUUAAGAGCCGGUGGUGGGAAUGGGGAAGGGUAGUCAGACCCACUGUACACAUGAGGAAAAUGCGGCCGGAGAGGCAAAGUGUGGCCAGCCCAGCAUCCCUCAGGGCUCUGGCAGCAAAGAGGCUGGAGCACUGCAGGGGCCAACACCUGAGUGCCUGGAAUGUGAACAUGUGGCCAGUGUUUGAAGGGGGUGGGUCAGGAGGCAGAGCCUGGCCUCAGGCCUCUGUUGGUCCUUUGGAGUUGGGCCGGCGUGGCAGUUAGACCUGGAUUUACCCCUGGAGCUUUCUUCCCCUGACCUUGAAGUGUGGAUGGGGGCCUCGGUGAGGGUACUGAGGCCCUGCCCGAGCACUUGUCUUCCUCCCAGGACAGUGGCCUCCAGGGUCAGGGGUCAGCUGGGCCCUCCCCCUUGGGAAGCCGGUGGACCUGGGGUCUUGUCACCACCUGCCCUGAGUGGCUCCACACCUGGUGGGGGAGACGGCACAAGUCUCCAGCUGCUGCUCCCGAGUGCCUGGGGCCAGCCUCCCUUGCUGUGCUGAUUGUUUCCUUAUGGGGUGCUUGUCUGGGGAAGGAGAGGGUACAGGUAGGCCAUCUGGCUCUGCUCACCUUUCCUGCCAGCACUGUGGUGGCCCUGGGUGGUCACAGUUAGAGGGCAGCAGCAUACACAUUAGUUAGCAUGUUCCUGGAGGAACACGUGUGCUGGAGCCUGGAAGAGAAGCAGUGGGCCUGGGAAGACCACAUGAGGACUUCACUGGGUCAACUUGGCUUGGGUUCAAGGGCGCAGCACAUGACAUUGGUCAGCAGCUUCCAUUUUCUGGGCAGGAGUCAUCCUGUCUCAUCUGCACAACGCCCGUUGGGGUGUGCACGGCUGCUCCAUGCUCAGACCAGGGAAGUGACUUCCCUGGUGUCACCAGGUUUGAAGUGGCUGGGCAGGGGACACAUCCCGGGUGUGUCUGACACCUUCACGUGGAACCUUCUGGCCCCCAAACCAGCAGACCCGUGGGGAAGCCCAUCUAGGCAAAGGGGCUGGCCUGAGCAAAGGUGUGAGGGCACGACAGAGCAGGGCAUGUCUAGAGGUGGGACUAGCUGAGCCGGAAGAAGAGAAGCUUUGCUUGGGGAGUCUUGGGAGAUGGGUCUGGUUCCUGGAGAGCCGCAAAUGCUGUCCCAAGGCACUUGGCCUUGUUCCUGAGAGCUACGGGGAGUGAGGGACGCAGAGGCUGUGAUUGGUUGGCCAGGACAAGCUGAAAUGGAUAAGGGUUAGGUGAAUGGCCCUCUGCCCUUCCUGAUCCUAUGGCCUGUCCAUCACAAAAGCACAAACUUAACCUAACCCACACGGGCCUGGCCCUAGGGAUAAUGGGGACGCUGGUGUGGGACAUCCCAAGCCAUCUGUUUGCAGGGCUCUGCAGAGUGGUGGCUGGCAGGCACCUCAGCGUGUGACAGAUGGACCCAAGACCAGCUGGGCUGUGACCUACCCCAGCCAAAGCCUCUUCCUGUCCCCUGCCUGGCCUCCUGCACUUGGCAGCCCCACAAAAGACGAAGUGUGCAUAGUAUCAGCCUGUCUGCCUGUCUCUCCCCCGCCCCGAUGCCCCCCUGGAGCCUUCUGUUUCCAGGGCCACCUCUGGCCCCCUUUUCUGCGCUGUGUAAGGGCUCGGGGUCUUAAAAGUCUCUGUUUAGCCCAGAUACACAUACUCUUUUUGUCGUUGUGUAAUAAUCAGUGUUCCUGGUGGAGCCGGGCUGAGCUAGGUCCUGGGAGGGAGGCAGGGGCCACCUCCUCCUGGAAGCCCUCGGCCUGGCCCUGCUGCUGUGACUACCACACUCCCAGCUGCUGUACAGUUUCUAUGGUGUGAAUGAACCUCCGUCCUAGUCGCUGAUGGCGCUGGUCCCUGCUGGCCCAGAUGGCCCAGGCAUAGAGAAACCAAGCGGCAGCCACCACCAGUGUUGUUUUGAAUAAAACCCCAAAAGCCUA